AUGACUCCUGGCUCUGCAGGAUCCAGUGUUGUGGUCCCUCGAAAUUUCAGAUUGCUGGAGGAAUUGGAACGUGGAGAAAAGGGAAUUGGAGAUGGUACUGUGAGCUAUGGAAUGGAUGAUGGAGAUGACAUUUACAUGCGAUCCUGGACUGGCACCAUUAUAGGUCCUCAUAAUUCUGUACACGAAUCUCGUAUAUAUCAAUUGAAGCUAUUCUGUGACAAAGAUUAUCCAGAAAAACCUCCAAGUGUUCGCUUCCAUUCUCGGAUUAACAUGACUUGUGUUAACCGUGAGACUGGAGUGGUGGAACCAAAGAAAUUUGCAGUUCUAGGAAACUGGCAGCGGGAGUACACGAUGGAACAUAUACUGACUCAGCUGAAGAAAGAGAUGGCGGUUUCACACAACCGUAAGCUGGCUCAGCCUCCUGAGGGGACCUAUUUCUAA